CCCACAAAAUGCUUUCAUGGGUCAGAUUAGUUUUGUUUGACGCCCCCUCUACUCCCUCCCUUCCCUCUCUCUUUGUCUCUCCUCCCUUCUCUCCUCCCUCUAUCAGUCAGUGCGCCCGUUGGCACAGGAAAGAUUGAAAGUGACACACUCUGAUCAGAAACCGGUCCUUUGCGCCGAUAAAUCCCGCUAUUACUGAAACUCAGACUCACCGGGUGUUUGCUUUUAGGUCCGGUACGUGUUUUGUCUUUGCUUCCCGGGUUGUUUUGUUUCCGUUCACGAGUGUUUUGUUCACGAGCUGUGUCGCGUUUUAUUUGCGCUUUUUUUUUUCUCUCUUCCGAGGAUGAAGCCAUGAGUUCAGAGGAGGGCAGACCUUUGUCACAGAGACGCGUUUUGAGCUAAAAGGCGGACAGACCUACAAAGGAAGGAAGGAAGGGGGAAAAGUGGAGACUGCAUCUAAAAUAUCAAGUUUGUUUGGGCGCUCGGGACCCACUACAUAGUCCGUGGCUUCGGGACAGACCACUAACCUUACACCAAGUCUCCCUCUCCGCCACUACAUCCCCACAGACGAGCAUCUUCAGUCCACGUCCUGCGUCCAUCCACAUCUCCACUCACUCCGCUGCUUUGCGCGCUGUCAUCCCACCCAACAUCCCUCCCACACCUCAAACAACGCCACCAGUAGGCUAACUAACUUUUUUUUGUCUUUGUGGAUCUCCGGUCCGGCUCCGACGUCGAGUCCAGAUUCAGAACAAUACCAACGUGAACCCCCGUGUAUCCAGGAGCCGAACCACAGCCCAGCCCUGGAUUCAAUACUCCUGAUCAAUGGACAGAGCCUCCUCAGCGGCCAGCAGCGCUACAGACACGCCGUAAACAACUCGUUCUCUCUGGCUGGAGCUCCUCUGGGGGUCUGGAGGAGGAUGGAGCGAGGAGGGGAGAGUCCCAUCACCCAGGACAGUCCUGAGCGGAGGGGAGGCAGCCCGGACCUCAGCGGCCUCCCACCGCCAGGGAAGAAGGGCCGGUUGGAGCUCAAUGGGAGCCCCACUGGGCCGCGCAUACGCCACAACGGAGCCCCACUAAGACCUCUCGGAGGUCUAAUGAUUCCAGUCUUCUGUGUGGUGGAGCAGUCGGAUGGAGGGAUUCAGGCAGACAGAUGUGAGGGAAGAGAGGAGCAUGCAGAGUUUGUCCUGGUCAGGAAGGAUAUUCUCUUCUCUCAGCUGGUGGAGACGGCUCUGCUCGCCCUCGGCUACUCCCACAGCUCAGCAGCACAAGCCCACGGCAUCAUCAAGGUGGGAAGGUGGAACCCGCUGCCCAUCCACUUCCUGACUGACGCACCAGAAGCUACAGUUGCUGACAUGCUAAUGGAGGUCUACCACAUGGUCACACUACGCAUCCAGCUACAAAGUUUUUCAAAGCUGGAGGAUCUGCCCUGCGAACAGUGGAACCACGCGACUGUCAGGAACGCUCUCAAAGAGCUGCUGAAGGAAAUGAACCAAAGUACUCUGGCCAAAGAGUGCCCUCUCUCACAGAGUAUGAUUUCCUCCAUAGUGAAUAGUUCCUACUAUGCCAAUGUCUCCACCGCCAAAUGCCAAGAGUUUGGUCGUUGGUACAAGAAGUAUAAGAAAAUCAAAGUAGACUAUCUGGAGAAGAUGUGGUCUGGACGAGAUGCUACUGAAAUCAAAAUAGAGAGAGACAACAUGGCAGACUUCUGUGUGCUGGGUCAGAGACCUCCUCCUCACUUGACCGGCCUGGCCCAGCUCAGUCACCUGGGGGCCGGCAGUCCCCUCCUCAAGGUGGCAUCCGGAGAUCCGCAGGCGCCCUCCCAACCACCUCCCCCCCCUCCCCAACAACAGCCUUCACCCCAUGGCCCCCUCCACCACAGCCCUCCUCUCCGUACGGGCCAGGUGCCUCCUCCGCCACCACCACCCCCGCCUGGAGCCCUGCAACCCUUGCUGGGGCCAGGUGGGCUGCUCUCCCCCCAACUCUCCCCACAGCUGGUGCGUCAACAGCUCGCCAUGGCUCACCUCAUCAAUCAGCAACUAGCCGUUAGCCGCCUGCUAGCCCAUCAGCACCCCCAGGCCCUCAACCAGCAGUUCCUCAACCACCCGCCCAUCCCUCGGGGUUCAUCCAAAGUUGGCGGCGACCAUCCCGGGAGCAACCCCUCGGCCGCUGAGGUCUCCUCUGAAAUCUACCAGCAGGUCAGAGACGAGCUGAAGAGAGCUAGUGUCUCCCAGGCCGUGUUCGCCCGUGUGGCUUUCAACCGCACACAGGGCUUGCUGUCAGAGAUCCUGCGGAAGGAGGAGGACCCCCGCACAGCCUCGCAGUCUCUGCUCGUGAAUCUGAAAGCGAUGCAGAACUUCCUCAACCUGCCUGAGAGCGAGAGAGACCGAAUCUACCAGGAGGAAAGAGAGCGCACCAUGAACCCUUCGGUUGGCCUUCCUGCCUCCAACUCCUCCAGCCCCGGUGCUCCACGCCUCUCACAGAAAGUGUGGGAGAGGAGCCUGGAUGACCAGAUAACCCCUGAUACCUGGGCCUCCAUCUGGAAGAACAAGACUAAGAUCUCUAACUCGCCAAAGCAGUCCUGCCCGGCACCUGACCUCCCGCUGAAGCUGGAGUCGCUGGUCAACAUAACGUCAGGCAUUUAUGACGAAAUUCAGCAGGAGAUGAAGAGAGCCAAGGUGUCCCAAGCUCUGUUCGCAAAGGUGGCUGCCAACAAGAGCCAGGGUUGGCUGUGUGAGCUGCUUCGGUGGAAGGAGAACCCCAGCCCAGAGAACCGCACUCUGUGGGAGAACCUGUGCACCAUCCGGAGGUUUCUGACCCUGCAGCAGGCCGACAGAGACCUGGCAUACGAGGAGGAGUCAAGACACCAUCACAACGAGAGGCUGCACACCGUCCUCCACCUGCCGCAGGACACACAGCUCUUUUGUCUUUCUCGCCAGGCACUCCACAGGCCACCUCCACCGCCAAUGAAGGAGCACCGCCUGUCUCCAAUGCGCGAGGAGCAGUCAUCUGCCCCGGUGAACGAGGAGGGGUCACAGAAUGUGGGAGCAGGAGCUGCAGGCGGAUGUCCACCUGGCACUGUUGGCAAUACUGGGAGCAACAAGAAGCCACGAUCACGCACUAAGAUUUCCCUGGAGGCCUUGGGUAUCCUGCAAAGCUUCAUCCAGGAUGUUGGCCUGUACCCAGACCAGGAGGCCAUCCACACCUUGUCAGCACAACUUGACUUGCCCAAACACACCAUCAUCAAGUUCUUCCAGAACCAGCGCUACCACGUAAAACAUCACGGCCGCCUCAAAGAGCUGGGUGAGGGGGCCGCUGCCAGCGGAGGUGUGGAUGUCAGCGAAUACAGAGAAGAGGAGCUGCUUUCGGGGUCAGAGGACCCAGAGUCUAGUGAGGACGGAGCUGAGGACAUCUACCAGUCUACAGAGGGGAAUGGAGGGAGUACAGGGGGGCUGAACCAGCUUCCAGCCUCCUCCAGCUCCAACUCCAGCCAGUCAGGGACCAACGCUGCUCAGGAGGAAGGCAAGGACAAGGGGCAUGGCCGGCCUGGUGGCUCUUUGGCCCCCGGGAGCUCCUCAUCCAGUCCUAGAGAGCAGGCUGACUACCAGAGGUAGAGACUCACAAACAGAGACGAGGAGGAGGACCGAGAAAAUGAGAGAGGGAGAGAAAACAAGAUAAAGAAAUGGUCUAUGAUAAUGAAGCGAGGAACUGUUCAUGAAUUGAUGGAGGGCGGCUGCAAAGAAACUGGGAUGAAAUACUGUACAUCACUGAAACGACCAGACAGAUUCUUUAUAGUGACAGUCUAAGACAGACAUCGAGUUGUGGAGUGAUAUUACCUCAGCAAAAGAGAGCAGGUUCACAGAGUGCUGUGACACAGCAGUGGUUGUGUAACUGUGAAAGAAAGUUUUUUUUUCCCAAAAACAUUUAAAUAAUUCACUCGCUAUCUUUCAUUAACUGGUAAAGCUAUUGCUGCUCAUGCCUCCAACCGACAGACAGACACAAACACAAAACUAAAUCUCCACUUGUCAACAGCCGAAAUCAUCACAGAACUUUCUCCUAAUCAAGACACUCGGCAGAAAAGACACGCGGAUUGGGCCAGACAUUUCUCUCAUUCUUUAUCUCUACAUGCUGGGCUGAAUUUGCCCCGCUGAGUGACGUUUAUAGACUGGAUCCCGGGGCCUUCCGAGACCUCUACAAUCCUAUAUAUCCUCAGGACACACACUGAUGUUGCUAAUGCUGUUGCCUGCCCGAGAGCGUGGAUAGUUGGCAUUCGCUCUUCUUCUACUCUGCUUCAAUUCACUGUGGAAAAAGGAAAUUACCACCCCGCAUCCUGCCCUCGCCUCACCAUCACACUCCACAAUCACUACCAGUCCUAUCGAGCACUUAACUGUUCACAAAGACACUGACAUUUUGUGGAUGUGAUGUACUCUUGCCACCCUCCCUCCGUCCCUCCCUCCUCCGUCUCUCCUUCCAAGGCUCACAAACACUGUGAGGUUUAAAAAUGACAGUGGACAGUUUGGCAGGAGGACAGUAGACAACAUCAAGAGGAUGUGGCGUGGAGGGACACUCUGUACCCACGACUCUGAACCCUUCCUGGCACCACCCAUGUAUGUGUGGCGAGAAAAAUGUCAAAAAAGGAAGGACAGAGCGGAGAUUCAGCAACCAAACAAUCAGUCACUUUAUGUGCGGUAGUCCACCCCUUCCACUCUUCCUCUCCUCUCUCCAUCUCACUCUCUCCCCCUUUAAAUCUCUCUAAUUGGUGCCCACAGUCUUGUGUUUCACCACACCUACCCGCACUUAAACUUCACCGACCCUAUUUAUUGCUAUCUUUAUCCAUGAUUAUUAUUAUCAUUAUUGUUAUUAUUGUUGUUAUUAUGGUUAGAAUUGCUGUCAUUGCGUGUUAUUUUUAGUUUUUAUUUCCAUGGUUUUAAAUAUUGGUUUGUCAGAACUGGGCGGUUGUUUGGGUAACAAGAGACAUUAAGAGUGCUCUGCCCUAAAAUAAGAGGAAGAAAAGGAGUAGAGAGUGAAAGAAAAUAAAAAGAAGCAGUUACUGAGUGUUGUUGGGUUAAAAAAAAAGAAAGUCCUGUCCUGAAAGUCAUAUUUUUUAUUGUCAUGUUUCUCAAAAAUAGUAGAUGAGACUUGUUGAAAAUUAGCGAAACUGUGCUAUUUUGCUGCAGUUGAUGACAAUCUACUUUUUUGAGCCAUUAAAUAAAGGUGGCAGGUUUGACUCAGUUCUUCACUUUUGAUGCCUGUAAAUACCAAACAUUGGAUAAUUUGUUAUUGAUAUGCUUUUAUUUUUUAUUUUGAUGAGUGACUUUAAGUGUUUGAGCCAGUUUGGAGUACCAGUUUUUUUUUUUUCUCCUUUGGACAGCUCAGUGAAAUCAAUUAAUUUCAGUGUGUGCCAGGCAAAUUUCCAUUACAAGAGUAUUUAAAAAUAAUUCUGACUGUUUUGUUUGAUGUCUGGUGCAGUUGUGUAUACGGUAUGUUUCAAAACAAUAUCUGAGAAUGGAUAGCGUCUUGUUUGACUAUCCUGAUCGGCUGCUACACCCAAACAGAUGACCUGCCUUUUAGUUAUUACGUCGACUCCGAUCACUCCAUAUGUUAAUAUUGUGCUUUCCUGUAUGACAGGAAUCAGGGUAAGAUUUAAAUGGCCGUUCCAUUGAAAUCAUCCAGUGAAUAAAAAUUUGUGAAUUCAAAAA